AUGGAGAAUCACCAAUAUGGGGUCCAAGACUGGUCACGCCUUGUAGGUGAUGUGAUCAUGUACUCUAGAAGGAUCAAUGUGGUUGACCUUGUGUUUGAAUGUGCCUUUCGUUAUAAAAUAUUUGAUGACAUUAUCGUGACUGGAGAUGAUCUUAUCUGUAAAUAACCAAAGGAAAGACAAGUCUAUGUUGGCAAUAUUUUGGUGCUUAGUUUUGUGAUUGUCAGCUUGCUUAUGCUUGUUGUUAUUUCAAUUAUAUUAUCAUUGUGCGAACCAAAACCUGAUCCUUCUUCUCCUUGUCUAUUUUAAUUGCAUGCAAGACGAAUUUUAUUUGCCUGAUUGACAUGUAAUGAACAGUACAAACUGAGCCGGAUUUUCUUUUGGUCACCAUGGGAUUGCCAUGAACUGCCGUGAACAGUGGUGCAAACCUUGGGGGGAUAUGCAGAGGAAAAACUCAACUCGUAUUUACAUCAUAGAUGACUGCUAGGUACAAGUACGAGGGUCAAAAAACAAGGAAACUGUCUAACAACUAGAAAACCGAUGAACUAGGAAAUGAACUGACAAAUUAGGAAGUUGUCCAACUAAGAGUUGAACUCCUAAUUAUAUAUUCUUUUUCACAGGAAUGUUCAAAAUUCAUGUAGUUCGAGAUUGAAUUUGGGGAUGAGUGCUUUAUCUCUUUUACAAAGAGAGCAAAAUUGAAUGAUAUUGUGAAAAAUACCGCACAUUUACUCUUAUUUCAUGCUUUAAAGCGAAUGUACAGUAUUUAUAUUGCAGUAUGUUCAUUCCUGACGCAUAAAACUCUCCAUUAUUCUUUUAUCUAGCUUAAAAUAUUACCCAAAUUUUAUCAUGGGUAUUGUUAAACAAGUUUUUCAUCUGUCAUCUCAUUGAUAAGUGAGCUGAUUAUUUGUGUGUGCAUUAUAUUGAACUGAAAAUUCUUGAUGUGGUGUCAUAAUUCUACUCAGACCAAAGAUUCUGAUGGUGAUGCAUUCAGUCUCCUACAAGUUCAGACCCUUAGAAAUUUCCCCAGGGAAAAACUUGCCGGAGAAGUUGUUGCUGUGCGCUUGGAUUCCACUCUAAUUCACAACACAUCACCCCUGAAUGAUGGCUCAGCUAAUAAAGCCCUGCACACCAUCAAAUAUUUACAUGAUGCUGGUGCUAAAGUGCUUUUACUCAGCAGUUGGGAUUAUUCAAGUAACCCAGAUCUUCUUUCAAUAGAUUAUUUUGCAGGUUGCAUAUGUUUGACGAGUUUGAUUAUUUUUCCUCUAUGGUUUUCCUUGAUCCAUAUGUUUGACGAGCUGGGGUCUCUCUUUAUCGUCAAUAAUUUCACUUGGCCACUUAUGUUUCUUUUACCAAACUGUUUCAACCAACCCAUCACAUAUGUUCAAUGAUAUCUCCUCCAAAAAGAAUCCAAUUAUGGCAGUCUUUCAGUUAACUGAAACUUUUAAGAGAAUAGUAUCUUUUAAGAAAACAUAGGUUAUGCCUCUUGCUAGUUUAAUAGCAUCACCUUGAAAAUUAAACCCUGUAAUGUAAAAUGAUAUACUUGUAUUUCAACUGAUCUCCUGGAGUUUACCCGUGUCAUUAUGUACAACUGAGAUUGGGCAGAAAUGCGGCAUCCUAGCAUAAAGUAGGGAAAUAUCAUAUAUAUUGUGUUUAGAAAAACGUGUUAGUGAUUCUAUUUUGGCUUGGACAAUUGAACUUCAGUUCUGGUGACAUUUUGGUGCUUUUCAUUGAUUUCCUUCUUUUCUUUGCUCAGAUCAUAUAUCAUCAGUUCUUCAGCUAAGAGUACUUCGUGCAAGUGGUUUUUCUGAUAUAAUUCAGUCAAAGACAGAAGAAAUGAGGGAUGGAGAUAUUCUCCUUUUUGAGAAUCUAGCAAAAUUUAAAGAGGACCUAGCUAAUUGUUUGGACUUCUCCAAGAAGCUUUCAGCUGGAGUUGGUGUUUUUGUGAAUGAUGCUUUCUGUCUAGCUCAUAAGAUUUAUGCAUCUACUGUCGGCAUCUCUCGAUUUUGUUAUUCAUCUGUUGCUGGUUUCCAUUUCGAGGAAGAAUUGAACAAGCUUGCAAGCAUUGCAGAGACCACUGAACGACCGUACAUAGCUGUUGUACGCCCCUGCCUUUUUAACUUAAUAUUCUGAUGAACAGAUGACUGAAACUACAGAAAGAUGAUAUGGUCUCAUUAAUUUUGAAACUUUGGUUCAAUGGUGUGAAUUUCUGUUGUAUGAUGUGAAGUUGGAGAGAUGCUGUAUUAGCCUAUUCUAUUAGCCUUCUUUGGUGAAUGAUCCUGCAAAAAAUAUUUGAAAGCGCGGGGAAGAAGCAUGAAUAAAAAAAGGGAAGGAAAAACCAUAGAGAUAAAACGAGAAACGAGUAACUGAGUUGGAAAUUCUUCAUUGAUGAUAGAAGGUACAUUGCGGCCAGGGCUCUGGUGGGGGAGAUCGUUCAUCCUCUCUAGUAUUUUCUCUCUCGUUCUGCUUUAAAUCUUGUCAUUGAUGCGAAAAUCCUCCCUUUCCCUUGGUUUCUGAAUCCAUUUUUUAGGCCAAUAAAAUUGGCUCUACAUAUCCAGUGAGUUAGUCAGAUUGGAUAAUAAUGGGUGAGGAUUUGACGAACGUUUGCAACAAUUAGUCGGAGAGAUGUUUUUCAUGGAUCUAGAAUGUCUCCUGCUGUCUUUUGGCUGAAUUGUUUUUUUCCCAUGGCUUUCUCGAAAGGAUUCCUAGUUUAUCUAGACUCUCAUCUUUGAUUUAACUUGACGUUGAUAAGUCAAUGAGAUAACUUUCUUGUUAUGACACCUGAAGCCCCGUGUAUCAAUCAAUCUGAAAUUCGGGUUAUGCUUUUGAAUAGCAACCUGGCUUUCUUGUUAGUCGAUCAUGUAUCUUGUUUGUUUAUUCUCACGAUAAAUAUAUCUGGAUUUAAUUAUGUGCGAUCUGAAACUUCAAUGCUGCAACUCGGAAUAUAAAUGUGCCUCAUUUGGGCCAUUCAACAUGCUUUAAAAUCAACACUCUCCCAAAAAUUAAGAUAGGAAAUUUAUUUUUCCGUAGCUUCUAUGCUCAAGGUUUUCUCAACGGUCUAUUUUUUAUCUUGACAUCAGUUCUUUUUCUUCGUGGGAAAGUGUGCUAUUUCACUUGUUGAUCAUGACAUCAGAUUUGAAACUUUACUUGUUACCUGUUCUGAACUAUACGAUAGUUCGUAUUCACUUAAUAUUAGCUUUGUUGCCAGUUGUGUUCAGAUUGUAAAUUAAAUGAGCUCAUUAUUUGGCUAAGUCUUAUUACUGGUUUGUCCCUAAAUAUUUAUCCAAAUUUAUGCAGAUUGGAGGAAAAAACUUUCUUGAAAAGAGAACUGCUUUGCGUGUUCUAGCCACAAAAUGUGAUGGUCUUAUGCUUAUUGGUAAAUUGUCAUUUCAAAUAAUGCAUGCAUUGGGAAUGUCUAUUCCCAUGAAUUUGAUAGAGGAUGGUGCUGUUGAUAAGGCAUUUGACUUAAUUCAGUUUGCAAAGAAGAGGGGUAUGGAUAUUAUUUUUCCAGAUGAUUUUCGAUGUGUGAAUGACGAAGAUCCUGAAGUGAUGGAUGUAUUUUCUUCUGAUGGGAUCCAGCCAGGUACACUAGCUUCCUCUCUUUUUUGCCCACUGUUUGACUGUUUCCUACCCUUAACAUGUUUCUUUGCUUGGAAUAUUUAGUUUUGCUUGGAAAAUAAAUGGUCUGUUCCUUUUGGAGCUUGUAGCUAUAGCAUCCACAUUCAUAUACUAGACGGAGAAUAAUCUCUAGGAUUUGAUGCAACACUGGCUGUCUACGGAUCAUUUCCUCAUUAUCUUCAUUUAUUCUGACACGUACUGAUGAUUACCUCUGGUGUUAUGCUUCUGAUUAUCGCUGUAUUUCUUAUCAAGUUACAAGCAUAUGAGUGAUUCCCAAAACUGAUUUAUAGUAUAAAACCCCCUUGAACAAUUGGUCUUUGUAUACAAUGUAUCAAUGUGCCCGUAUCAAUAUGUGCCUGAAUUUACGAUGCCACAAACCACGAAAGAAUAGAGAUGGAAAGUCACGAAACUUGUCAUGACAUAAGGCCUAUUUGCGAUAUCAUGGUAAUAAAUUUUAUCUAAUUGUCCUGGCUAAGAAAACCCUGGUCAGUAAGGAAAAAUGAUCUGAGAACAUAAACGCCUUGUUGUUGGUCCAAAAUACCCAAAAGACAGUCUGGUGACUUCCGUUUCUGUUCAAGCCAAACCAAAGCCACUAUCAGCUAAUCCGAAGCAAAAAAUAAUUAGUACAGCUGCCAAGCUUGUCAGCCCUCCUUCAAUGAACUAACUCUUGGUCUAUGUCCGAACAGUUCUUGAAUAGGAAUUAUCUGGACAUCAUUGUAUCCGAUAGAAAAAUCCUGUUGUGUCUGGAUAUUUUCACCAUAUGUAAUUUUAGCUUUUUAGCAGAAGGAAAUAAUAGAGACCUGAGUGAGCAAGUGAUUGAUCGGAUGAUUGAUAGUUUCUCUGUGAGUUUUAUUUGGUUAAAAAUUUCGAAGAACAAUGUAAAGUACGAGGAGAUGGUAGAGGCAGAAGAGCAAGCCUUUGAAUGGAUAGUUGGCUUUUUCAUCGUAAGGCUUACAAGUUUAAGAUUAGUAAACAGAAAUGUGAAAGUAUGAAGAUUGUUGAGCAGACAAUGGGCUUUUUUGUGAAGUUAUUGGUUGAAGAAUAGAAAACAACAAGGUAAAGCUUUGUCCCUGUUGCUUUAUCUUGUCAAAUACUCUUUCUCUAGUUUAACAAAUCAAAUGCACGUUUUUUAGUUUCAUGCAUUUCUCUCUCUUCAGGUUGGACACCUGUGGAUCUUGGACCAGUUUCCUUACAGAACAUUUCUUCUAGGCUUUUAAAUUGUAAGGUUGGGCUAGAUACUCUUACAAAACACUUAAUUUCUAGCAUUGAUUACGAUUGGUUUAUUGUAUCUUGUUAGAUUGCUGUUAGUUCGCUUGUCACUAUCUUAGUAUAAGAACCUUAGUAUCUUAUGACCACUGGUAUCUUAUGAUUGAAAAUAGUAGUCAUUAUUUAUCAUCAUAAUGAUGUAUUUGUGAUAUUUGAUGAUGCAUAUGUACUAUUGAUGAAAAAUAUGAUGACGACAAUUGCAUAGGCUUAAGUUUUCUUCAACGUUUUUCUUCUAGGUUCAUUGCUUUAGGCUGGAAUGAACAAUUAGUUUCACUUAGGUAAUAUCCCUCCAUCGCCAUGAAUUUUUUUACGAGAAUAUACAGCUGAAAUGUUUAUAACAUUUAAAGUAGAGCUUCCAUGAACUUGGAAUGUGAGCUGCCUAUAUGAGACCUUGAUAUAAAUAUCUUGAAAAUAUAGUUAAUUCUCCAUAGAUAUAAAAUUUUCGUGUAGAUGGUCUUAGCAUGAUGUUAUGAGUAAUCUUCGUCUAUGACAGUACGUACUUAUUUUUGGAGCUUAAAAUAGUCAGUGGUAGUUGUUCCGAUAGUUAAUUGUGAGAAAAAUAAUUAUCUCGUAGGGUGCUGUAGUGCUUUAGCUUUUCUUUAUUUGUCAUGUAGUGCCAAAGUUGCGACAAACAUGAGUUUUCUCAUGAGUUAACUCUUGUAGAAAAAAGAGAUGCAUAAUUAUGCAAACAAUAAAUCUCAAACUCUCAUGAAACUUUGUCAUGGGUCAGUAUGAAAUAUUCGGAAUAAUUUAAUAUUCACGUACUAAAGCUUGGCAAUGUGAAAUCACCCAUUAUCAUUAUGCUGAUUUUGUCAAUAUCAAAAUAAGGAGGGUUCUGAAAGUCAACAAAAUGUUGUAAUUCAAAUUGUAUGAAUUGUUGCAUCAAUUAGGUUGGGAUCCUGUUGGCCAAAUUGGUAAAUGUGGGGAAAUAGCCUGGUUUGGCCAUUCGCUAGUAUGCCCCGGAUGAGAUAAUGAAUAUGACUGGAUGAAAAUCAGAAUAUGACUUUUCACCAUGAAUUAGCAAAUAUAGUCUAGGCUAUUCUUGUGGCAAUCUAAAAUUUUGAGAAUUAUUUUUUCAGUGACCACUCAAUAUCAGAAGAAUCUCAACAAACUUAAUAUGAAAAAUGCCUCUUAAAUAUAAAUCUCCAAGAAGUAGAAAUCUUGGUGUAGUGCCCACUUAUAUAUACUAUGCAAGAAAAAGUGCGUAGGUUGAAGAAAGUUUUAUUUGGAUUAAAGUUAUUUCCACGAGCUUGAUAUGAUAUGUUUCAAAAAGUCAAUCAUUUUUGGUCAUACAGAGAUCAAUGAUAUCUAAUAAAUUUAAGAGCAAGAAACAGAGCUUUGUAUCGUAAUUAUUUAUAAUAAUCUUAUGGUGAUCACAAGUGAUGAUGACGAGACGAGACGAUUAAAAUACUAAAGAUCAAGCUUACUAAAUAAUUUUAAAUUAAAGAUCUUAGUAACUAAAAAUACGUUUUUGGUAUUGCAGUAACGAAAUCUAAUAUAGGUAUUCAUAAAUACAUGAGAAAAUAUGUAACGAAUAUUUUGCCAGGAUCUGGCAAACUUAGAUAGAAAUUAGUUGGAGCUCCUAGUAAAGUGAGUGACUAUAUCGAAAAAAGGUGCAUUUUUUUCUCAUGUUAACAAAAGUUCCUUAUCGGAGGCUUUCGGUUAAACUUUUAUGUUUAAUUCUUACGCCACCAGACAUUACUUAUGUUAUGAGUAUUUUAGUCAAUUUGUUCGUUCGUUUAGGCGCCCAUAUGCAGGUUAUGAAUAAGUUUAUGCGGUACAUCAAUUUAAAUAUAGGUAGAAGCAUAAUAAGUUUCGUUUCAACACUGAUGAAUUAAGGGAUAUUAUGAUGUUGAUUGUGCUGAAUUCCAUGGUGAUUAAAGAUCUAACAUAUGUUAUUGUUCCUAUCUCGGUGAGAACCUCGCGAAAUGGAAUCAGGAGAUAAACAUCUGUUGCUAGAUUUCGUGUUGAAGCAAAAAAAAUUAGUUUUGACCAAGGUAAUCUAGUUUUGAUUCAAGACAUUGGUAUCCUAAUCUAUCCUCGAUUGAAAGGUUAUUAUGAUAAGAAGACUACUAGAAAGGUUGCUAAUAAUCUUAUCUAACACUGUAGAGUUAAGGAUAUUAAGAUAGCUCGUCUCUUUCUUACAGAGAAACUUCAUUUUGGAGCAUUCUUUAUUUUUUAUGUUCUUCCAGAAAUUCAAUCUGCUGAUGUGUUUACCAAGGUUUUCUAUUGAAUAAGGGUAAGCAUACAUGAUAUAUAAAUGGUUUGAUUGCGAGCUAUCUAUAGACCACUUAGAUCUACUUUGGGCCCAAUAAAUUUGAACUGUUAAAUUAUUUAUAUUGUCGCUCUUGAUUGUGUGAAUAAAGUGACAAAGCAAUUCUCUCCAGUGUCAGCACCUAAGGAUUGUAGGUGUUGCUUCAUUCAUUCUCUCUUCUAUCUCAACACCUAGCAUUUACUAGAUGUUGUUUGAUCCUCCCCUCAAAUCUCAAAUUCCCUAGAUUUCUUCAAUGCUACCCUUAUAACGCAUCUUUACACUGGUGGGAUGCCUCUUGUUCUGGUACCCUUGUAUUUCUUGUUUCUAAGAUUGAUGGAAUGUUUACAUGUAAUUACAACUAGAGUUGUAGAUUUAGUUGACUUUUAUCGUAUUUCAUGUUUAUUUCUAAUAACAGCAUGACCUUGUUCACUUGUGGCACGCAAAAGUUGGGUUGCUUACGAUUCUGGCUGUAUCUUUAGUCCACGUUGUUAUUACAUGCUGUGCACUAGCAAAGCUGAUUAAUUGAUAUAAGUACGCUCUUUGUUGCAGAAAGUUCUGCUGAUUGGCCCGAUGACAUUUAAAGCCUGUGAAGAAGGUGCUGUAGGAGUAUCCAUGCUGUCCAAAAUUCUUGAAAAGAUAAGUGGUACUGGCUGUGAGGUAUCUGUCGUUGGAAAUGCAAGCUACAAGUCUCUUGUGGGUCCUGGAGAUGGGCCAUAUUCUUCAUUGCCGUAUAAACAUUUUGAAAAUGCAUCUGUCGUAUGGGAGUUUCUCAAAGGCCGAGCACUGCCUGGUGUUGCAGCAUUAGAUAGAGUAUGUUUAUUCAGUUCUUAUUUAUCAAUUAUAAUUCAGUAACAUCACGCCAGCUUGAAGACACUUUUCUGAAUGUUACGGGUUUGGCAUUGCAGUAAAAUUUCUCUAAACAAUGUGAUAGUUAUCAUUCUUAUAUAUUUUAUUAACUCUCCUUUCACUACCUCAUCGUUUUCGGCACUCUUUGGUUCACAUAUAGAGGAAUAUGUUGAUUGUAGUACUGACCUUUAGUUUUUCUGUUUCUAGUUGUUUGGAUGAGAAAAUUUAGUGAUUUAAGUGUAGUAAAUAUGUACAUGUUCUUCGGGGAUGCUAGAUUGGGUGCUGAAAAUACCUGUUUCUCAAGUAUGUUUAUAGUCAUCUAGACGUCAAAACUCCUUGUCUCUCUGAGCUUGUAUGUUGCAUAAUCUUUGUGAUGAUUAUUUUUUGAUUUAUUUUCAGGCAUUCCCCUUUGAGAUUGAUUGGGAGUCCAUUUUUUAUGACCCUACCCAACCUUUAGUUGUCGAUGUCGGAAGUGGUAAUAUUUCAAUUAACUUAAUUUCUGCUGCUUUUUAUCGUUAUGAAAAUUGUUUAAUUAUAUCUGGAUCUUAAACCAUGGGCUUUCAUCGUACUUGAAUAAAUGAUGCUACAUUUCUUAUGAAGCUGCUGAGCUUCUCUUUAUUUGUAUGUUUCUCUUCUCUGAGUGGAACUCUCCAUUGUCCAAAUUUUCCAUCUCUAGGAUAACCAUUUUUCUUAAGUGUAAUCAUGACAAAGAUUGCACCUAUUCAGAUCUAAGAAAUUGUGUUUGUUGUAAUUGAAUGUCUGGCUAGGAGCAAAUUACAAGGGAGACACAUACGUUUUUCCAAAGUUCAAAUAAAGGUUCAAAAGGUCAUGAAUGAAGAAUAAAUCACAUUAUGGCAGCAAUAUCUUAAAGUUGUCCGGCCAAACUAUAAACUUACUCUACUCUCCUUGUCUUUCUUUAGAAGUCUUAUAGGUUACCUUUGACACGUAUGUGCUAGUUAUCUAAAAAUCUCUAUCAAUAUUGAAAGUCAAGCGUUUCUCAAAAGAAAGCUUGCUCAAAUACUCAAUAGCCAAAACAUCAAUCAAGUUGACAACAUUCAACGAUGCUAAAGACAAAUUUUAAAGGCACAUUGGAUGACUUCACAAAUUCUGAAGAAUGCUAGAGUUAAGGUUGAAGCCUUGCUUCACUUGGAAUUUUCAUGCUACUUUUUGAUUUUUACAAACCAGCCUAGUUAAGGUUCAAUAGAAAGCUUAUUUCCAUACUCAGUUGAACAUUAAAAUCAAAUUCAAAACAAUUGUGUGAGAAAUGACUCUACAAAUGAAAAGAAUUAUUGAGUUUAAAUUUAGAUCCUUGCUUCACUUUAACUGUAAGAAGUAAUACUUGAUCCUUGUUUCACUUGUUUUAUGAUCAUCUACAUGUUAUAAAGACCCACCCUCUAUACUUGUUACGGGCUUCCUUCUUGGAGACUUCUAAAUGAUUCUGGUGCGCAGGAUACAAGCUAGUGACCAUAAUCAGCCAUUGCCUGUUAUCAAAGAUUGAACUUUAACUUGCUCUUGCUUUAGGAUUGAUGGAAUAGUCUUCGUUUCUAAUUUAAAACUCUUACUUGUCACAUUAUCUUUAUUGUCUUGAUUUAUUAGUUUUAACUUGUUGCCAGAUUAUUCAAAAAUAUUUAUUUAUAAAUAAAACUAAUCACUAUUCAUAAUGCAGGAAAUGGUUUGUUUCUUUUGGGAAUGGCCCGAAGAUGUCAGACCUCAAACUUUCUUGGACUGGAAAUUAAUAGAAGGGUAUUUAUUUUGUCUUCAAUAGAUCAAUUGGUUCUUUGGUUUGAUUAUUUUUUUUUAUUAAUGAUUCCCAUUUUAUAGCUUGUCGUCCGCUGCUUAGAUGAGGUACUCCAUUGUGGGCUGAAGAAUGUGUAAGUCCUAUUUUUUGAACUUCAACAUAGUGAUGUAUAUGAUUUCAUUAUCAUGUUUUUGGGAUCAAUAGUUGCACUUGAACUUGUCUCAUGGGAGAUUAGUAAAUUGAACUGGAUAAAAAUAUCUCAAAAUUGGAGAAAACCAAUAUUUCUGUCUACAUCUGAUGGCAAUUUCUGAGUUUAUUUAAAUUUAUUGUGGAGGGAGAAAUGGACUGGACCUCGCUCUAUGAAAAAGCUUUACACAUUGAUAUAAAUUUCUCUGUUUAUAUAUAUAUAUAUAUAUAUAUAUAUGAAAUGAGAAUGCAUUCUUUUAAAAACACAUUGUUUAUAGAGAAUAGUGUACUCCCCGUACAAUUCUUGUUUUACCCUUUUUCGGUUUAUUGUACUGGUGUAUAUGCAUUGCUAUACACUAGGAGAGACAAGUUUUCUGUAUUUCCCUUUAUUCGUAUGAUUUAUGAUGCCAUAUUUCGUAAGAAAGGUUAAAAGUUUAGAUUUUGGAAUCACAGUAUGUAAAAUGGGUUGGCUGGAGCCCAAUACCAUCUGUAUCUACAAAAGAGGGUGAUACAAAGGAAAGAGUUAUUUUGUCUAAAAUACAAAACGUAUAAGGGUUAUUUUAUACAAAACGUAUAAGAGUUGUUCAAUUAAUAGAUUAAAAUAGAAAAGGUUUAAAAUGGUGACUCACAAAAUGUUUAUUCAUUCUACUACUUGUCCUCGUGACAUUUUUCUAUUUAGUGAGACAUGGCUGCACUUCGGUAGAAGUAAGAAAGGUUAUUUUGCGUUUGGUUCAAGGGCAUGACUAUUGUGCAGACGCACGAGCAGGGCAGACUAGUCCAACUUGGCCACGCCACUUAUCAAAAUCAGAUUUCUUUCAUUUAUUAUGUUAAAUUUCAAGUGGGUUCAUGGUUCUACCUUCAAUAAUAGGUUGGUAAUGGUCGAUGUCUAUCAGAAUGGCUGACUCAGCAAGUCGCAGUGAAAAGGGCAAGCAGAAAAGAUGAAUGGUUAUUUGUAAUUGGGUUAUAUGUACUAAUACACUUAACGAUAGCUGUAGAAUGUUUUAGAGGAUAAAUAUCUCAGUGAUGCCUCUAGGGUUUGCCUUAUUUAGAGAUCACAAAUAUCGAAUUAGGUUUCCCUGAAUCAACUUAAUUCAUGAGAUCCACGUGGAUGAAAACCGUAUGUGUCCCGUUAAUGCUAAACUGUUAAGGUUUUAAUUAAAGCUGAGACUAAGUUCCUCAAUAUUUGGGUAGUUUUUUGUGAUGAAAGUUUGGGCGAACUAAUAAAGAAGAGGAAAAAGGGAUGAGAAGUACUGAGGAAUGUGAUUUUAUUUCAUCACUAGUAACUAUAUCAUCGUCAGUACUCGGCGAAAAAUAGUAGAAGCUGCCUCUGUCUCUACUGUUGGGAUGGGCCAUUGCCAUAACAGUUGACCCUAAUCUCCCCACUGGUAUCAUCAGCAGCCCCUUCUCCUUUGUGCUGACUUACCAGAGGGGUCAGGAUUCAUCCUUCUUUAUGGAAUUCUUGUUGAAAUAUUGUUAUAUUUGCCUUUUCAUGAUGGUAGUUGUGUAUGCAUUUAAACUUAAAAAAUAAAUGUAUAUAUUCUUAUUUUCAUACUUUUUAAGCUGUAUUGAAUGUUGUGCUCAUAUCAUCAGUGAUUUGGUCCUCAUGGCCCAAUCUGAACGUUGGACAGCUGUUUCUAAUGAUCCCGAAGUCAACUUGAAAGCCUAAGCCGGAACGUAAUGGCUUUUUUUUUAAUUAGAGCUCGAUGGAGUAACAUGUUCCCAUUGUCGUUUGCUUUCUCCAAAUGGUGCUUAUGAUUUUUUAUUGAGAUUCUGCCACCUAACGUUUACAACCAUGUGUUUUUUUUUGGAAGUGAAAGUGAUGAACGGCCAAAGGACAGAUUUUUACUAAAGUUCAUACAGUGCUUGACCCCAUCCCUUGAUUUCUUCUUUUUCUUUUAAUGCCUAGAGAUCUGCUUUGCAAGAUGAUCUUCAUAAGCAGUAAAAUAUACCCUCCUUAUCUUGCAGAAAAAAUGUGGAUGAGAAAGAGGAUAGAUGUGAUCACAAAUAGGUGCUUUUACGUUGUUUAAAUGUGAAUUUGAUAGGAUGGAUGAAUCUGUUGAUGCGAUGUAUGUACAAUAUUAUCAGUUCAAUAUCACAGGCGUUUUGCCUUUUAUGUUGUCUAUUGCAAAUUAUGCACACUGACAUUGAUUAUAUGUACAGAUGCUUUUUAUUAUCCUGUAGUUACUGAUGUGAGUAACUUUUUACCAUAUCAAAAUAAUUUCCGUUUUUUGCCAACAUGUUUGUUUUCCUCUGAAACAUCUUUCCAAUUUGCAAAGUAUUCAUAACAGUAUCUUUUUUCUGUACAUUUAUCAGACAUUUUCUCCCAACAAACGCCACGUCCACCUUUCGCUCCAUCAUUUCAAGUUAUCCUGGGAAACUGGUUCUUGUUUCAAUACAGGUAUUGUGGAUUGCGUGCUACUCUUAAAUCGACUUUGCUGCCAGCCCAGAUUUGUCACAAUUGGUUGUGUUAACAAGUUGUAUGGUUUACAUGCUUCUGCUGCAAAAAAACUACAUUCAAAAUAUCCUCACCUUUGCACCAACCAACAUUUAUACACAGACCCACUUUGGGGAGAGUGGUUAUACAUCCUGGAUCGAGUCAGAUAUUCACAGAGGUGGGCAAGGGCAAGGGCUCUCCUCCCUCUGGCUCGCCUCCAGGUUUACAGUGCGGAGCCAUAAAGCAAGAAACGAAGGUCAAAAAGCGGGUCCUCGUGUAAGGAGACGCUUUGAAGGCUGGAUCUUGCAAGGCUUUCCGGUCAUCUUGGGAUUCUUUCUAGAGAGGAGAGAGCAACUUUCGACUGUGUUCAACAACCCAUGGUCCUCAAUGGCAGAUCACUACUCUCUUGUCUUGCUGCUGUAGACAUCUUUGGGUGAUUCCUGGAAACUAUAUAACGUGGUCUCGUGUCAUAAAAUUUACAAUAAAAUGAAUCCUAUCCUUUUCUAUGAACGUACAGUCCUUUUUGAUCGACGUUUUAUCAUUCCUGAAACACAUUUCUAUAGCCUUUCAAGAAGAUUAUUUUAGUUUUAGAGGCUCUAAAUGUAGGCUACACGGGGACUCAGGCUGUCAAAGGCCAUGCCUGUGAUCGUAAACAGAAAGACCAUAGGCGAGCCUGGGGUGGAGGAAAAUAGAUUCACUCUCAUUAAGUCUGGCUCGGGUCUGGUUUAUAUACCAGACCCCCACAGUGUGCAACAGUGAAUUGGUCUAACAAAGAGCCGGUCCUUUCCUGCACUUGUCAUUCUAUAGUUAUCAGAAUUUUGCAAAAAAAAUUAUAAAAGUAGUGCUAGAAAUGAUUGUCAUGGGUUCUUUCAUUAGUUAUGAAGACUCUUUGGUAAAUUUAAUUUUUUACUGAGAAAAAUUGUUCAAUAAUUGAUGCGCCUUGGCAUUCGGGGUAUGCGAGAAUGAAAUGCGCAUAGAAAUUGGGUGCUCUCUUUUUUAUUGGUUUGGAUGUGGUCCCUUGUACUGUGAGAACCUUGUCACGAACACCCUUAAUAUGAUUCCUUGAACACGGAGAGAAUCUGUUCCCCUUUCCAAAGCUUCAAAUUCUGCACUUUAAAGGUUGUUUUUUUCAUAACUUAUUGACCUGGAUGAAUGGAGGGUGCUCUGCCGGAGGAUGAGGUAACCUCUCAUCAUUCCCACAGCAGGGUUUCUCUACAUCAUGUCACUGCCAAAUCAAAAGGACCACCCCGCAUGGAAGGCCCACUAGGAAUAUAUGUGAAUGAAACAUAGAAAACCUUCCCUAUCAUCUGGGCUCCUAUACUCAUGGUGGGACUGGUGAACGAAGUUUUAUUCUUUAAUUAAUUAAUAAAUAUUUUAGUUUCGAGUCAUUAUAGACUGUAUUUUAUGUUUACUUCAUCAUAUUUGCUAGAUGCUACAAUAUACUCCUCUUUUCCUUGGAAAAAAUGUUGCCCUGGCGCACAGGUGAUGCUACAUACACAGUUGGUUCGUUUAAUGAAUGUUGUGUUCUUACUGCAUCAUCUUCUUUUAUGCUGCAGAUUAUAUGGUCGUAUUUUACAGAGUUGCAAUCGCCUGAUUUGUCAUUUAAUGUAUAUAUGCUAUUUAUUUAGCAUUUCUCCAGCAGAGACGCUUAGAUUCUAAGUCAUCCUGCUCCUGUGUUCCAGUGUCCAAAUCCUGACUUCAACAAGCCAGAGCACCGAUGGAAGAUGGUUCAGAGGAUGCUCAUUGAAGCAAUCGUAGACCUGCUGGCAACCGAUGGAAAGGUGUGUUUUCCUUCCGUGAUCGUCUCAUCUUUAGAACCAGAUAGUAUUUUCCCUUCAAAUUUGCCUUCAAUAAUCGCCAGUUUUUCUAUCUUGCGGAUUAUCAUAAAAAUUCAAGUAGUUGUGGACUGUUUUACUCGAUCCAAAUCAAGAAAUCUUUCAUCCAAAAAUCUUAUCCGAUUGGGUUAGUAGACUGUUCCUCUGUCAUUGAUUCCGGAUAUUCAUCACCUGAUAUAAAAUUAAAAUAAUCCUCUUCUAUUUUAUGUUAUUUUAUUUCUCCACGCAUACCAUAUACAUACAUUCUAGAUUCAUGUGUGACCUGGUAGCAUCAUCUCACGGAUAUUCUGUUGAAGGAAAUUGGAUCAUCUGGGUGCUCUUGAACAUGAGGUAUUUUGUGGGUUUUGAUAACUGGACUCACGGGGAUUGCUUGAAAAGUGCAGGUCUUUCUACAGUCGGAUGUAGAAGAGGUGACGAGGAGGAUCAAGGAGGAUUUUCUGCUGCAUGGGAGGGGUAGGCUUGCUCUGGAGGGGGGUGAUGGCGGAGGAUGGAUCAGGGAGAAUCCCUUCGGCGUCAGGUCAGACUGGGAGAAGCAUGUUCUUGCUCGUGGGAACCCAAUGUAUAGAAUGUUGCUUAGAAAGGUCGAUCUCAAUUGA